UGAAAUUAAUGGAAGAUGAAAACGAUAAUGAUACACUUUAAUACAUUCCUGCAGCUUUUGCCAGGAAAUAUCGGCCAUUGAUUAAUUUUGCCUGUUGUAGACCUUACCGGAUGUCUAGUGCAAUGACUUUUGCCGCCAUGUUAUAUCCUGGCAUAUGUUGGUGAUACGUGUAAUAUGUACCUAAACGGCUAUUGUCGUCUGUAACCCAACAUCUUUAAAGGUGAAAGUUAAUAAACGGCAAAAGAGAUAACCAACUUUACAUAUGCGCUACACCAUCUCAGUUUCCGUCCUACUGGAUUCAUUUUUGCCAGAACGAAAAAUGGCUGCUCAGGUCGUAGUCUGACCUGUGAUGUGACCGCAGAAUACAGAGCGUCUGACAGUCCUAACCGAGCCUUGUUCAUCAGCAUGGCAGGGAGCCGGCUGGAGAAACUCGGGACCGUGUUCAGCAGAGUACGAGAUUUGUUGCGUGCAGGAAUCAUAAAACAAAAUGAGAAACCAGUGUGGUAUGAUGUAUAUGCAGCCUUCCCUCCUAAACGGGAUCCUCUAUAUGAAAAACCUUUAAGGAGAAAACGGAUCACUUCUGACAAUGUGCCUUCCAUUUUGUACAAAGAGGAUAUCAUCAGGGCAACAUUUUUUGAAGCAUAUGGUAAUGGACCACGAGCAUUUGAAUUGUCUCGAACAAACUUUAAAUCUACAUGUCAACGAUUUGUGGAAAAAUAUGCAGAACUUCAGAAAAACGGUGAAAUGGAUGAAAAUAAGCUGUUUGAAGAGACAGGGAAAGCGCUUUUAGCUGAAGGAAUAAUCCUUCGGAGAAAAGGGACACCUGGGGUGCGACCUCAGCAUCCUCAAGUGUCUGAAACCCAGGAUCCAUUGCUGGAAAUGAACUUAAAAAAAAUGUUGGAAGAAAUGCAGCAGCAACAAGAAGAAAAAACUCAAGAGACCAAAAACAAUCCCACCCCAUAACUAUUAUAAAGUUGAUGCAUUGGACUUAACUGCAGCACUAAAGAACAUACUUUUUUUUUAAAUAUGUUUCAGAAGCAGUGUUUUUGUAAAAUGAAUUGCUCACAUUAAAUGUAUAUACAUCCA